CUCCCUCUGCAGCCCGGGCUCUGCGCCUCGUCUGGGGCCGCCUGCCCCGCGCGCUCUCUAUGGAUGUCCAGGCGGCCCCCAACGGGGUGGCCACCAUCGAGGACCGGAUCCUGCGCAUCACCGGCUACUACGGCUACUACCCGGGCUACUCCAGCCAGAAAAGUACCUCCAGAUCAUCUGUUACUCGAUGUAAACCAGGGACCAACUGCCCCAGUUCACACAGUGGCACCAGUAGACAACUGUCCCCUCUGUCUAUCACUGAAGAUUCUUCUGCACCUAUUCUUGAGCUUCAGAGCCGAGGAUCUUCUGGCGUUUGUGGGCACAGAGUGGAGAAACAAAACAGACCAGGAGACGAUGGAUCACAGACUCAUCCUGAGAACAGCGGCCAAGAAAAUAGAACCAAAGCUCGGUGCUUGUCCUGCACGUCCAUGGUUCUGAGGGCUGUCUGGGGACUCUUGAUCAUCUUGUCAGUGUCUUCAUCUUGGGUUGGAACCACACAAAUUGUAAAAAUUACUUAUAAGAACUUUUACUGUCCAUUUUUCAUGACUUGGUUUUCAACAAAUUGGAACAUUAUGUUUUUCCCAGUCUAUUACUCUGGCCAUUUGGCCACUGCUCAAGAAAAGCAAUCUCCAAUGAAAAAAUUCAGGGAAUGCAGUCGGAUUUUUGGUGAAGAUGGUCUGACGUUGAAGCUCUUUCUUAAAAGAACUGCUCCCUUUUCUAUUUUGUGGACUUUGACUAAUUACCUGUAUUUGCUGGCUUUAAAGAAGCUGACUGCCACAGAUGUCUCUGCACUAUUCUGUUGUAACAAAGCCUUUGUCUUCUUGCUGUCCUGGAUAGUGCUGAAAGACAGGUUCAUGGGAGUAAGGAUAGUUGCUGCAAUCAUGGCAAUCACUGGUAUCGUCAUGAUGGCGUAUGCAGAUAAUUUUCAUGCUGAUUCCAUCAUAGGAGUGGCAUUUGCUGUGGGCUCAGCAUCCACAUCCGCAUUAUAUAAGGUUUUGUUUAAGAUGUUUCUCGGAACUGCCAACUUUGGUGAGGAAGCACACUUCGUCUCCACGUUGGGCUUCUUCAACUUGAUCUUCAUUUCCUUUACCCCAGUCAUCCUGUAUUUCACCAAGGUGGAACACUGGUCUUCGUUCUCAGUCCUGCCAUGGGGUUGUCUCUGUGGGAUGGCAGGGCUGUGGCUGGCCUUCAACAUCCUGGUGAAUGUGGGCGUCGUACUGACAUACCCAAUUUUAAUCUCCAUCGGGACAGUGCUCAGUGUUCCUGGAAAUGCAGCUGUGGAUCUCCUGAAGCAGGAGGUGAUAUUCAACGUGGUCCGCCUGGCCGCCACCAUCAUCAUCUGCAUUGGCUUCCUGCUGAUGCUGUUGCCAGAGGAGUGGGAUGAAAUUACCCUGAGGUUCAUCAACAGCCUGAAGGAGAAGAAGAGCGAGGAGCACUUGGAUGAGGUCACCGACUCCAGCAUCCACCUGCGGAGCCGAAGCAGGGCCAAUGGGACAGUCUCAAUACCACUGGCUUGACAGGGAGGGACACUUGGCUAAUGCACAUGGAUGUAUAUUCUGUGAAUAUGACAAAAUUUCCUCACUACCUGUACACUCAAACGACAGUACCGACCCUGAACUUGGAUCAGUUAUAUGUGAAACAAUGCCGCCAAUAAAAGUUUACAUUUAUAUGCUUAUCAAGGAACUGAUGUAAAUAAUCAUAAUAAAUUUUUUAAACCUUA